AUGAACAAGCGACAAAGUUAUUUGGCUAUUUGGUUCUUCGUUGUUUUUGUAAUCCAAGGGAUUCGUACGUAUGAUCCAUCUGUUAGCUAUGAAAAAUUUCUCGAGAAGGAAAAUAGUAAAUACGCAGAAAUAUCUAAACAAAAGAUUAAUGAACUCAUAAAUCUUGGAGAGCUAACUGAAGACUUUCCGAUGAUAAACUGUAAAGAAUAUAUCUUGUUUUUUCAUGCUGCACACUUCAAUGUGGUAAAUGCUCGUGCCAUGAUAUUCAAACAUUAUGCACUUCGAAAACAAAUGACAGAAAUAUUUAACCGUGACGAUACAGAUCCAGAACUAAGCGAGUUGGACCAAGCUAAACGCGUCAUGAGCCAUUCGAUAUUGUUUAGCGAUUCGUAUCAGACAAUACGUGGCCUUGUUGGAUAUCGUUACAUAUACACUCGUUUCGUAGAUACAAAUCCUGCAAAUUUUGUAUUCAUCCAGCAAGUCAGAUACUUUUUCUAUAUGAUAAAAUGUAUGCUCAUAGAAUACGGAACGUUUGACGGUCUAGUUGUGAUCGUGGACGGAGCAGGUUUCACAAUGACUCACGCUAACAAAAUCAACUCUCAUCUACUCUCCCCUUUAUUGAAACUCAUAGAAGAGGCACCACUGAUGCGAUUAAAAAAUAUUUUCAUUUUAAAUACAAAUGCUGCGAUGACGACGGCAUAUAGAAUGGCCUCGCUAAGAUCUCCAGAUCUUUGUCAAAAGGUAGAAGCUUCAAAUUAG